AUGAGUGAUGUUGAAACGGCCUCUUCGCUACCGGAAACCUUGAACUCCCCCCAUCAGAGAGCCAAUCUUCACCUCGCCCCCAAACCCGCUCUGGACGUGCCUAGGAGCGCCACUUCUGCCAACGGAGAUGAUGGACGGCCUGCGGCGGAGGACGCGGAUGUAAACGAUGACGCCGUCAGUGUCAAGGCUGAUUCUGAGGCAGAAACUAUCAUCCAGUCCGGCAGAGAGGAGUUGUCGCCAGAGAAGAAGAAGACCUACAUUCGACAUGUCCCCGGCCAAAACGAUAAGAAUGGAUUGGACCUGGCCUCACGGAAGACCCCCAAGUUCAGUCAGCCUGGUAACUGGCAACUCGGCAAGCGGAAACGACCCGACCACGAGAACGAUGACUCCAGGUCGGCCCUUCGAAGUAACCAGAGUUCUCGAGCAUCGAGUCCGGUUCCGGCCCUAAAACAGGAAAAGAUAGACGAACCACAGGCGCUGUCCAGUAUUCAAGGUCCCCCAUCUCCCAGUGAUGAUGUCUCUACUGAACGGAAACCGGACGAUAAGUCUAGGAAACCAGAAAGCGCAACUAUUGACACUAGAGAUGUUCCUGCCGGUGGGCGUAGGCUUAACCAUCGGUCCAACUCCCAUGGCCAUGAAUCUGCUGGGAAAUCUGAGUUGUAUGCUUCCCGCCGUCAGGACAGGUCUCAUUCCCCUCCUAUUCGCUCACACAAGAGGGUCACAUCUGAUUCUACACACUCCCCUCCGCUUUCCAACAUCCAAAAGAGAAGAAAAUUACCCCCACAACCAUUGAUGGACCAGUCGAACCAUGCUUCGGAAGGCAGAGCUUCGCCAUUUUCUGCCUCAAGCGCUGGUUCACCUCCUCCCAAUCCACGUAAUCGUCGACUAACCUCCUGUGACACUUUUCCUUUCUCGCCCGUGAAGCAGGCACAAAACAAAAAGCUACGCGACCAGAAUGGCCGAACACGUCUUGCCAGAGCCUGUGCUGCACAGGAAAUAGAAGCAGCCAAGUGUCGGCAGGCUGAACGACCAGAGGACCUUAAUGUUCCCGACAAUGCAGGAAACACGCCACUCCAGAUUGCUGCCCUUGAAGGAUGUGCUGAAAUCGUGAAAUUCCUAAUCGAGGCCGGUUGCGAUAUCCACACCAAGAACAUUGAUCGUGAUACACCCCUCAUCGAUGCGGUGGAAAAUGGGCAUUUAGAUGUUGUUAAAAUACUUUUAGAUGCUGGUGCAAAUCCCCGUGUUGGCAAUGCAAAGGGUGACGAACCAUACGACCUUGUUCCGUCUGACAAUGAGAACCGGCAUGAACUACGACGCGUUCUUGCAGAGGCGAAAUGUCGUGGCAACAAACGACGGAAGUCGGAUGAUAUCAGUGGGCAAGGGGCUUCCUCAACUAAGGAUCCUCGUUCGAGAGGAGCAUCAGCUGCAAGCUCGCCAGACUCCCCUCCCCACCAUGCCCAGAGCCCUCCACCGCAAUAUAACCGACGGAAAACCGUUAGGAGUGAAGCUACUCGAAAUGAUCUGCUGUGGACAAAACCAACUUUCGAAAAUCUUCGACUUUUUGCUGCAAAGGGCGACAUGGCCGGAGUAGCUACCAUCCUCAAUAUCCUCCAGAAGGCAGACACGGAAUCCCUGAUUGCAGCAGCAAAGGGUGGUCAUGAUGAAGUGCUCGGACUUUUGCUUGGAAUGGGGAACCCUGACCCUGACCCAGAGCCCCUAACUAAUGGCAACCACAGAGCCGGCCAUGACACUCCCAUGCUAGCAGCGAUCGGACGAGGUAAUAUUGAUGUCAUUAAGCUUCUAUUGGACCAACCGGGCUUCAACCCUACCCGUACGGACCACAAGAAUCGUCGAUUUUUUGAACUUGCAGAAGAACGCAGAGGUGAUAACUGGGAACUGGAGCGGGACCUACUGAAAGAAGCAUACGACGAAUAUAUCAGUGCGCAUCCUAAAGCCCAAAAAGGCGAGUCAAGGUCUCCACGACGGCCGCGAGAUCCACUCAAAGUUGCCAAAAGGCCGGAUCGUGACUCCCCAUCUCCGGCCUCUGUCGUUCGCAAGAGCUCGAGUAAGAGUGUCACGUCCCAUCGCCAAAACGAGGAAGGGUCUAAAGAACUGAAGCUACAAAAGGAAAGAAAGAGAGCGGAUGGUGUAGCUUCCACGAAGGACAGACUGCCUACAAACAAGGUAUCAAGCCGGGAAGACUCUCAUGGCUUAAUGGACGAAAGAGAUCAUGGGCAGUCUGACAGAAAGCAGAAAAUGCCAUCCGACUCCCGUAGCCCACGGGAAGCCACACCUCAUAAACAUGGCGAAGAACCUGUCAAACGUCGUCGUCUCAUUGCUGGACGACCGCCACCAGAUCAUGCUAAACGAAGACCAAGUGUGAUGUCUUCAGACUCAUUUUCCGGCCGUGAAGAUGUAUCUAACAAGGCAGGCAUCACCGAAGAUUCAAAUGAUAAUGGUUCAAGGUCAGAGAAACGCAACGCUAUCUUGAAACGUUCCCGAAAUAGCGUCUCACCAAAGCCUUCCAAACCUCGAAAUACCGAGAAUGAAGAGGUUCGCGAGAAACAUGUCAAGAAACGACGGAUACUUUCGAGUGAGCAUUCAAGCCAACCCCAAACCACCGUUGAGGGGUCAAAAUCGAAGGUCGAAAGCGAUACUCAGACUUCUAAGCCGCGUUCGGUCCACCGUGAUAGUCUUGGCUUGAAGACGGAGGGUUCUAAAGCAGCUGACCAUUCGAUAAGCCAUAGCGACAAGCAUCGUUCUACUUCUCGCGACCCUACAGCCACUAAAAUCAAACGCAGAGCUUCCGACUCUGGUGUUAAAGCUGAGACGCCAUCUGAAAGCAAUGCCGCGGCUAAGGCUAAGCAUGAAAGACAUGCUGAGAAGGAGCAUGCUCCUACGGAAGCGGAGCUUGAAAGAGCAGCGGAAAAGGCUCAAGCAAAAGCACGGAAAGAGGCAGAAGCUGCAAAGAUAGCUGCUGAAAAGGCAGCUAUUAUUGAACGCGAGAAAGCCGAGCAAGAAGAAAGAAGGCUGGAAGAAGAGCGGAAGAAACAGGAAGAAGAGCGAAAACAAGAGGAGGAACGCAAGCGCAAGGAGAUAGAACAGCGACGAGCUCGCCAGGCAGAAGAGGAGCACCAGCGAAGAGUGGAACAAGAACGUCUCCGCCAGGCGCGUAUACGGAGAGAACAGGAGGAACAAGAGCAAAGACGGCGGGAUGCCCUUCCUCAUCGUCUCCGCACCGCUGCCAACCUAAUCGGUGCCAAUGACCCGCGAGCUAGGAGUCAUGAAUUCCUCAAAAGGGUCAUGCCCAUCCUGCAAGCGACACGGGAUGACCUCGAGCCACUUUGCGACCCCGAGCUGAAGAAUGAGAAGUGGAUUCUGAACUUCUACGUUGCUCUAUUACUUGCGACUAACGAUCUUCAGUUGUCACAAUACCCCAGCUGGGAGAAGAGAGUUGCCACACCUACUCAAAGAAGCAAUAUCUGGGAUUGUAGCGGGCCCAUGCUAUCGAAUCCUCAACAACUCAAUCCUAUCAAGGCUGGCGGAAAUGAUUAUUCUCGCAUCUACCGGGAAACCAAACCAUUGUAUGAGAAGAUGGAGCAUGUUUUCUGGGUAAAGUGCUCUGAUUUUAUGGAUCUGGUCCCACAUAUUCCGCAUCUUCACGGCCUUAAUAUCACUUUUGUUAGCAUGCAUAUCGACCCGGAGCCUUCUGCCUCACUCCAGGAUAAAUCGCACAUUGUCAAUGGAGAUCACUCUUCUCACCACCCCUUGAUCAAUGGCACUUCCGAGCCUAACGGUGUCAACCACAGCUCCUAG